AUGGAAGAUUUUAAACUUCUUUAUGACCGAGAAGAUUUUAAACAUGUUUGGUUAAAAAUAGCAACUGAAAUCAAAAUCCGAAUAUACGACAAGUUAAAUGACAUUCCUGAAUUUGGUGCUUUACCAAGCCAACUUCAGAAUAAAAUCCAAUGUUUUUCUAAAGGUGUUAAGUUCAAUUAUGAAACAUUCUAUGAUGAAGGAAAUAUUUACAGUACGGCUCAUGUUGUGCUAAUUAUUCAGGAAAAUGAAAAUUGGCUAGGAAUAUUUCCAUAUCAUUAUGCUACAACACUGACAAAAACGGUGAUGACAUUGUUCGGUAGUGGCGUUUUAGUUGGUGGAAUUUAUUAUUUUUGUGCAGCUACACCGGAAUAUCUUGUACCUUUAAUUAAAUUUAUAUCAGACAAUUCGGACAAAGUACAGAAUGGAUUGGCUAGCUUAGCUAAACAAUUGUUUUCAAGAGAAGGAUUCAAUACGUUUAUGAACUGGUUAACGAAUGAUAAUUCAGCUUGGCAUCUGCUGAUUGCCGCUUGUAUUCUUAAAAAAUUACAAGGAAUUCGUAAUUGUUGA